CCCUUUUGUGAAAUCAAAGGAUUUUCACAGGAUCUUGAUUCCCACUUUUUGUCUUAUGUAUGAACUUCUUUGCAGCUGUUGAAGCAGAAACCUGUUUUGAAAGUUUGGUGGUUGGUCAAGGACAAAUCUUGGAUCCCUUUUGGGUAUGAACUGAGGAUUUGGGGUUUUCUAUAUAUGGAUUUGGUGGGGAAAGGUGAUUGCUUUUUGGGUUAAAUUUAUUUGAUGAAGUGAGGAUUUGGGGUUUUCUAUGAAUGGGUUUGGUGUAGAAAGGUGAUUGCUUUUUGGGUCAAAUUUAUUUGAUGAAGUGAGGAUUUGGGGUUUUCUAUAAAUGGUUUUGGUGUAGAAAGGUGAUUGCUUUUUUGGGUUUGCUGAAUCUUGGAUCAUGGCGGUUCCAUGGAGUACAACACUGUGGAUGGCUAAGAUGGUGUGGAUGGCAUUGAGUGGUUGGGUAGUCUCUUGCUUGACUAUUGCUGAUGAGGUUGCUGCCUCUUUUCGAACUGGUGAUAUUGGUCCUUUUCAUGUUGGUUGAGUUAUAUUGUACAGAAACAUCAUCUUCUCCUUUGUUUGUGAAUUGUUGCUUGCUUCUUACAGAUUUUGUAAAUUUAUGGAUAAAUAUCAUUUACAGU